GGGAGGGGAAUUCACAUCUGAUUUCUUUGAACUCUCACAGCCAAUGAGACAUGACUUCAGAGCAUGUGUACAGUUUAACAAUAGAGGAUUUCCUUUCACCUUGCAGAAAACCCUUGCCUAAACACUGCCUGCUAAUGCUGCGUCUGAAGGUGCCUCUUUGGGUUUUAGUAAUGUCUGGCAAAAAAGGAAUUAAGUGCACACCUGUAGUACGAGGGCUGUUACUCUGGGUUUUACUGACCAACAUCGUACUGGUGCUCUACUGCUUCAACCCAACUCAAGUGAAGAUCAGGGGCCACCAGGAGGACACAUGUCCUCUCAGCAUGGCAGGAUUGUUGAAGAACAAUGUGACCACCCCCUCUCAAAGCACCAAAUCCCAGUCAGAAGGGUGCACCCCCGCAGUCAACAUCAUGUUCAUGAAGACCCAUAAAACUGCUAGUAGCACUAUACUCAACAUUCUGUUCAGAUUUGGUGAAAAGCACAAGCUCAAAUUUGCCUUCCCUGAUGGACGCAAUGACUUCUUCUACCCAUCGCCUUUCCUUUGCUCCCAGGUGAAGGGCUACAGGCCCGGAGAGUGUUUCAAUAUUGUUUGUAACCACAUGCGCUUUGACCACCAAGAAGUGGCCAAGCUUUUGCCUCCGGAUGCCGUGUACAUCACCAUCUUGCGUGACCCAGUGGAUCUCUUUGAGUCGUCCUUCCAUUAUUAUCACAAAACAGUUCCUCUGACAUGGAGGAUCAAUGGAGAGAAUAAACUGAUGGAGUUUCUAAGCAAUCCUCGGACCUUCUACAGCCCAGAGGCCUACAACUCAUUCUAUCUUAAAAAUCUGCUCUUUUUUGACUUUGGCUUUGAUAACGAUGUCAAAGCUGAUGAUCCUCGUGUAAUGAGCCAUAUUCAUAACUUAUCAAAACACUUUGAUCUGGUCCUUAUAGCAGAAUAUUUUGAAGAGUCUCUCAUCCUGCUUAAGGACAAACUCUGUUGGACCAUGGAGGACAUUAUAUAUUUUAAGCUAAAUGCUCGCAAGAGUUCAUCUGUUUCUCGACUGACUCCCGAGUUCAGAGCCAAAGCUCUGGAGUGGAACGGGGCUGACUGGAGGCUCUAUCAGCACUUUAAUGCUACCUUCUGGGCCAAAGUAGAGGCCUACGGGAAAGAAAGAAUGAAACAGGAGGUAAAUGAGCUGAGGAGAAGAAAUGCAGAGAUGAAGGCCAUCUGUCUCGAGGGUGGAAAUGCAGUCGAGCCCCAAAAGAUUCAGAACAAACGUUUCAUGCCCUGGCAGCCCGUUGGAGAGUCUUCUAUCCUGGGGUACAACAUGAAGAAAGACACUGAUCCCAAAUUCAGGACAAUUUGUGAAAAAAUGCUCACACCUGAAAUACAGUACUUAUCAGAAUUGGGUGUAAGCCUGUGGCUUACCCGAUUAUGGGGUUGGUUUAAAGAUACUGUUUUUACAGUUUGACUUGGAUUAAAAUACUUUAUAAACUGAAAUACAGCGAUAGAAAUCCAUGCAACAUGUAUAUAUGAUGCCUAUUUAUAACAAGUCUUUCCCUCUCAUUUUAGUACAUUUUGCAAGUUUUCUUUUGAGUAAUAUUAUAUGUUCAUAUUACAGAGAAGCUGAACUCCUCUUUAGAAGCACAUUCAGGAAAUUCUCAUCACUCCCAAAUAGGCCUACAGAUGGCACAGUUAUCUUAGAUACCUCCACUCAUCAUCUAUAGGUCCAGGCUUAAAGUAUGAACAGGAAUAUUCCUCUAUGUUGUACCUAAAUCAGUCAAAUUCUGCUCACUUCCUUGUUAAGAUUUACAUAUUCAAUAUCUAAGAAUGUUACGAAGGAUGUAGUUUUCUGUCAUGGGCUCAGGUGCUAAUUUUUUUGUUCAUUCAAAAUGGUGUGUGACAGCUGCCACUGAGCCACCAGUUUUAGCUUUUUUGUUGCUGAGAGUACCCUUCCUGUUAUUCAAAGGGACAAGAAGUGUUAAGAGUGCCAUCUAAAGGCCUGACACUCAAGAGCAGCUGUUUGUGAUGCAUUUGAAUGGUUGUGGCCUUGUCUGACCCUGUUCUGCUGGUUUACAUAAGCUUCACUGAUACGUCCACCCUAAACUAAAAAUAUCCUUACAUUGGAUAUAGCUGAAUCCUCAGCAUCAGGCUAGGAAAGUCUUUUAUGUCAACUGAGAAGCUGAGUUUCACUAGUUAGUUCUGUUUUCAUCACAAUGUAACAUAUCUUUAAAUCCAUCUACAAAGGACACAUUCUUUCCCUGCAGCUUGAAAAUGUAGGCCCAUCCUCUGGGUAAAAAUUAUUUAUGAUAGAGGUGCUUGAACCUGAUACACAAGACACGUGGUAGCUAAUUACAGAGACCUAAUGUACAGUAUUGUCUGCAUGAGACCGAUUUACUUGAGUGAUAAAAUGUAUAAGCUGUGUAUUUACUGUAGCUCUGAAUUCUGCCAGCCCUAAGGGGUCCUUUAUGUUUUGUAAAUGUGUGCAGUUUGUAAUUUGUUUUGUAAUAUGCUAUGUACAUGCAAGUUGUAAUAAGUAUUACUGUAAUACUUUUGUUAUUUGACACAUAUGGACUUUCUCAUAAAUUGGAUAUAAUGCUUGCUAUACUAUGGGCAUUCAGGUCUCAAAAUCAGCCUUUACUGCAUGUAAAACAUCCUUUUUUUUAACACAUUGUCUGUCAUACUGCACUGCAUAAUGACUUAGACUAGACUUUAUUGAUCCCUUGGGAUGACUCCCUCAGGGAAAUUAAGCAUCACCAAAAUGAAUGUUUUGCAAAGAAAUGCCAAUUUCUGCCAACCCACAUUGUCAUCUGCAUCUCUGUUCAAUUUCUCUCUAAUGUAUUGGAAUCAUUUACCAAAUAAUGACAAAGAAGAUACAUCAAAGCCUAGAGGAACAGCUGUGGUUCUAUGACAAGGAUAAAAGAAUCCAUCCACUGUGGGGUUUUUUUAAGCCUGCUUGUUUUACUAGAAAUAACUGUUACACAUAAAUACUUUCAUACCUCUUUA